AUGACAGUGGAAUUUAAUCCCUUAAUUAUUGAUAUUAACCACUUAUCCGAUUGUAAAAAAAUCAUUAAAGAAAGAAUUAUCCCUUGGGAAGGAUUAGCAAGAGCCGAUGUCAUUAGUGAAGAUGAUGCGAACCUUAUCAAGAUAUUAGAGAAGCAAUCACCUGAAAACAAAAGAUCUACUGUUUUAUCAGAGCUUCAAUUAUACACCAAUACAAUUUUAAAUUUAUUAAAUAAAUUGGAAAUCAAUUCGAGAGAUGAUGUAUUGAAAAAUGUUUUGGUAUUGAUUAAUGACUUAUUAUUGGAAUUGCCUAACCAAGAGUUUAUUGAUUCAGCGUUGGCUUUAACUAAAUUAGAUCAGUCCUUACCGUUUUAUCCCUUUUUAAAGCACACUCAAAACAAUGAUGUAAUUAUCAAAGCUUUGUGUUUGUACAACUUGACUAUAUUAUUAACUAAAGCAAACUACCAAGAUAGACAUCUUAAAGUCGAUAAGGAAAUUUUAAUUCAAGUCUUUGAGCUUUUAUCAUCGGAUUCCUUCAUCGGCAAUAGUCAAGAUUUAAAUUUGCAAAUAAUCGGUAUCCAAUUAUUGCAAGAAUUGAUUAUUUUAAAACCUUUCAAAAAGGUUUAUCAAGAGACUCAUUUGAUUGCAAACUUUAAACCAAUUAAUCAAUUAAUUACUUUUCAAAUUAAAAGACCAAACUCAUCAAAUUUACAAUUACUUUAUAACUUUUUAUUAACUACUUGGAUUUUAUCGUUUAGUCCACAAAUUAGUCGUGUUUUGGUUCAUCACUAUCCAGAGUUAAUUGGAAGUCUAUUGACAAUUUCAAAGGAUUCUAUCAAGUUGAAAAUUGUCAGAAUGUCUGUUUCGAUUUUGAAAAACUUUAUCUCUUUGGCCGUGUCUAGCAAUGAACAAUUUAAGACCAUAAAAUUAGUGUUAUUCCAUGAUGGAUUAAAUUCAAUCAAGCUUCUACAAGAAAGGAAAUUUGCCUCUAAUGGAAGUGACGAGGAAUUAUCCAAUGAUUUAAAUUACUUGUAUGAUACCUUGUCAGAAAUUGUGAAUAAUAAGUUAACUUCAUUCGACGAGUAUUUGACAGAAUUAGAGAAUCCAAAUUUGAUAUCAUGGUCUUCUCCAACUCAUAAAUCGGAGCAAUUCUGGAUACAAAAUUCAGGAAAGUUCAAAGAUUCGUCUUUUAAGUUGACAAAAAAAUUAUUUGAUACUUUAUCUUCGAGUAACCAAAAUGAUACCAUAAAGGUUAUUUUGUUGAAUGAUUUGCAAUUCUUGAUUAAGAACUUAGGAGAUGAUCUCAUUAACUUCAUUAACAAUGAGAAAAAUGGUCAGUACAAAUUAUUGAUUAUGAAUUACUUGGAAGGUAGUAUUGGUAAUAAUGAAUUAAAAUAUGAAGCCUUGAAAACAAUUCAGUUGUUGGUUGGUCAUAACUUUUAA